AUGGUUCUAAUCCCUAAGAACGCAGGUGCGGUUGUGGUGGAUGUGUCCCGCCCAAUCUGUCUCCAGAACUCCUCAAUAAAGAUUAUAGCAAAGGUGUUGACACUCCGGCUGCAGAAGAUGAUUGCCAAGCUCAUCGACAGCCGUCAAACAGGCUUCCUCCAGGGAAGGUCUAUUGCGGAGAGCUUUCUUCAUGCGGUGGCAGUGGAACUCACACAACACUACCACAAGCGUAAAAGACCGUCGCUCACCAUUAAGCUGGACUUUGCUAAAGCCUUCGACACGUUGAUCAAGAGUAGCCGCGACUUGGUUAGGCACCCUCUUGUUGAUGACGCCCCAUGCCCUGUUCUCCAGUACGAGGACGACACUCUAGUCGUCAUUCGAGGUGAGUUCCAAGACAUUCUGAACUUGAAGAUCAUCCUUGACAGAUUUGAAGCGGCCACUGGCUUGCGAAUCAACUACUCAGAGCACGGCAGUUCCAAUCCACAUGAUCGAAGCCACUGCAUCUCAAUGAUCAACACACUGGGCUGCAGACAAGCAGCAUUCCCACUUUCAGUAAACAAGCUGUCGGUGACCGCCUUCUCGCCCACUCUGGCCAAGGCCGAUCGAUACCUUGCUGGAUGGCAAGCGGGGCUACUCAAUGCAAUGCCCGUGCGGUGCUGGUCGACGCUGUUUUGGAUUCUUCUUUUCUCUGGAACGGGGACGGCACGAUGUCUGGCGCUCAAAGUCCGGUCACCUGGGAGAAGGUUUGCUGGUUGA